GAAGAAUCAUUAGAGCAAGUAAAGGACUUGGUCAAGGUUUCAGAGAUUGCAUCUGAGGAGAAAAUGAGGACGGCCCUAAAUUAUUUUAUCAAUCAAAGCAGGUUCUUCAUUACCAUUGCUGAAAAGAAGCCCAAAGGGUUGAAUUACACUGCUUUGGACAAAAAGAGACUCAUGCUGUUCAAGCAAGAGCUGGAAGCAAUGGCCAGUGAUGCCAAGGGAAUUGUUCAGCAGCAGAAAAAGAAGAUGCCACUGGAUGAAAUGAUGCGUGAGACUCAGAGCUUUAUAGAUAAACUUCGAUUCUUGGUUGAUGAGCCGCAGGACACGGUGCCGGAUGUGUUCAUCUGGAUGCUUAGCAGCAACAAGAGAGUUGCAUAUGCAAGAGUCCCAGCAAAAACCGUACUCUAUUCCCCAGUGAAAGAGCAGAGAGGCAAGGACUGUGGGAAGAUUAAAACCCAUUUCCUGAAAUUACCAGGCAAGCGUCCACUGGGCUGGACUGUUCAGGCAAAGGUGGACAUCUACCUAUGGCUUGGACCUGCCAGUUUUGCCCAGAACAUCAUGGAGAAUUUACUUGUGGGAUAUGAAAUACCAUCCAACACCAGCUCAGGGCACAGUGUGGUGCCCCCACCUGCCUGCCUGCUGUAUAAAACCCCGACGUUCUUCCAGCUGAGAGCCCACAUGUAUCAGGCAAGGGGGCUCAUUGCAGCUGACAGCAGUGGACUUUCCGAUCCUUUUGCAAAAGUUACUUUCACAUCACACUGCCAGACCACAAAGAUCAUUUCUCAGACGCUAUCCCCCACUUGGAACCAGACACUGCUUUUCAACAGCAUUGUGCUUCAUGGCGACAGAGAGGAGAUCGCUCAGUUCCCACCAGAGAUCGUCAUCGAGCUGUAUGAUGACGAUGCAGUGGGUAAAGCAGAAUAUAUUGGGUCUACAGUGGCUGCCCCUGUGGUGAGACUUGCUGAUCAAAACUAUGAACCACCUAAACUUUCUUACCACCCAGUGUAUUGUGGAAAUCUUUCAGGAGGAGACCUUCUUGCUACAUUUGAGCUUCUGGAGAUCCCUGAGUCAGAUCCAGACAGACUUCCCCCACUGGAUCCUCCAGAUGUUGGCCAGAUUUACCCAGUCCCAUCUAACAUCCGACCUGUUUUAAGCAAGUACAGAGUGGAGGUCCUGUUCUGGGGUGUUCGAGAGCUGAAGAAAGUCCAGCUCCUCUCUGUAGAUCGCCCCCAGGUUCUCAUUGAAUGUGCGGGAAAAGGACUGAAAUCCUCUGUCAUCCAGAGCUACAAGAAAAAUCCCAAUUUCAGCGGCCUUGCAGACUGGUUUGAAGUGGAGCUGCCUGAAAAUGAACUCUUGCAUCCGCCACUAAGCAUCUGCGUGGUCGACUGGAGAGCUUUUGGGAGGAGUACUCUUGUUGGAACACACACCAUCAAUUGCCUUAAGCAAUUCCUAUGUAAGACCCAGCUGGGUCCUCAAGCUACACCAAACAGACUAGACAUUGUAGAAAUUGAGAAAGCUUCAUCUGAGUCAUCCCAGCCUGCUGAGUUAUCCCGAGAGGAGCAAUUUUUAGCUGAUCACAUCUACGCCGAUGUGGAGCAGGGUAAAUGUACAGUGUUAGAGCCAGACCCAUAUCUCACAACACUUUCUGAAAUAGAGAAAACAGAAGAUAGAAAAGAUACCAAAAAAUCCACUCGUCAGUCAACAAAGAGGAGAAAAAGAACGAUUGCAGAUGAAUCAGCUGAAAAUGUUAUUGACUGGUGGUCAAAAUACUAUGCUUCUGUGCUCAAAAUGCAAAAGGCAAAAGGAAUUUUUUCCAGUGAGGGAAAACCUGAAGACAAUAAACAGACUUCUGAUCAGAUUGCACUUAUCAUAGAAGAGGAUCCAGACAAAAAGAAGAAGGAUAAGACAUUGAAAAGGAAUGAGAAAGAAACUCCAGACCUAGCAAUACUGCAGAUUUAUGAAGGAGACUUGGAGAGUGAAUUUAAUAACUUUGAGGACUGGGUGAAAACUUUCCAGCUCUUAAGAGGAAAAUCUAAUGACGAAGUUCAUGCUGACUCUGAAGACAGAAUAAUAGGAAAAUUUAAGGGCUCCUUCUGCAUAUACCCAAGUCCUGAGGAUGGCAGCUUGCUGGACGGAGGGCAGCCCCGCAUCCUGCAAGGGAUACCACCAAACCACUCCGUCAAAGUCCUCAUCAGGGUUUAUAUUGUGGCAGCGUUUAACCUCAGCCCAGCUGAUCCAGAUGGCAAGUCAGAUCCCUACAUUGUUCUGAGACUGGGCAACACAGAAAUUAAAGACAGGGAAAACUACAUUCCCAAGCAGCUAAACCCAGUAUUUGGAAGAUCAUUUGAAAUCCAAGCUACGUUCCCCAAGGAUUCAUUGCUCACAGUCCUGAUCUACGACCAUGACUUCGUGGGAACAGAUGAUCUCAUUGGAGAGACUAAAAUUGAUUUGGAAAAUCGUUUCUACAGCAGGCAUCGAGCUACCUGUGGGUUACAAAGUCAAUAUGAAAUAGAAGGGUACAAUGCAUGGCGAGAUGCAACCAAGCCAAGCGAGAUCCUCACUAAGCUGUGUAAGGACUACAAGAUAAAUGGACCCUUCAUGCGGCCAGGGGAGAUACAAGUAGGAACAAAAGUCUUCAAGGGACAGACAGUCUUCACAGAAGAUGAGAACGAGGAGCCAGUUGAAUCGUAUGAACAUCUCUCCUUAAAGGUUUUACGUGCUUGGGAAGAAAUCCCUGGAGCUGGAUACAAACUGGUCCCGGAGCACAUUGAGACUCGACCUCUCUACCAUAAGGAUAAGCCAGGCAUGGAACAGGGUCGUGUACAGAUGUGGGUUGACAUGUUUCCUAAAGAUAUGCCUCUGCCAGGACCCCCAGUGGACAUUUCACCAAGAAAACCCAAAGGCUAUGAGCUGAGGGUAAUAAUCUGGAAUACAGAGGAUGUAAUUCUAGAAGAUGAAAAUUUCUUUACGGGGCAAAAAUCAAGUGAUAUCUAUGUAAAAGGGUGGAUAAAGGGCCUGGAAGAGGACAAGCAGGAGACAGACGUUCAUUACAACUCCUUGACAGGAGAGGGCAACUUCAACUGGCGCUUUGUGUUCCCAUUCCACUAUCUCCCAGCAGAGAAACAAAUGGUGGUUAGUAAAAGAGAAAACAUAUUUUCCUUGGAAAAGACAGAGCGCAAAAUACCCGCUGAACUGGUGCUUCAGGUGUGGGACUUUGAAAGACUCUCUUCAGAUGAUUUCUUGGGCACUCUUGAGUUGAACCUGAACGGGUUCCCUCGAGCAGCAAAGACAGCCAAGAGAUGUGACCUAGGCACGACUGUGACAGCAAAUGAAGAAAACAAGAUCUCCAUAUUUCAGCAGAAGCGUGUCAGAGGCUGGUGGCCUUUCACCAAGGCUGGGGAGCUCACGGGCAAAGUGGAAGCUGAGUUUCACUUAGUCACAGCAGAAGAAGCAGAGAAGAACCCAGUAGGCAAAGCUCGAAAGGAGCCUGAGCCCUUGGAAAAACCCAACCGACCAGACACAUCCUUCUCUUGGUUCGUAAAUCCUUUCAAGUGUUUGUACCACCUGAUCUGGAGAAAUUACAAGAAGUACAUCAUCAUCGGCAUCAUUCUGCUUAUUCUCAUUGUCUUCCUGGUGCUCUUCAUCUACACGCUGCCAGGUGCGAUCAGCCACAGGAUAGUUGUAGGAUGA